AUUAUAUCGAAGUGGAGUGGAGUAAGACUCCUCGGAGGAGGAGGAGGAGGAGAAGGUACACAGGAGACCUGCUGCUGUCAAACGGUCCCCUUCAGUCUGUACGUGCUCUGCAGAGAAGACAUGUCCGCCCAGGGUUUGUUCAGCAGCGUUUUUUCGUGCUCUCCAAGCCCCAAAAGUGUGUCCAAACGGGCACUGAGGCAGACCAAGAGCUUGGACCCUGCGCUGAUGCGACAUUAUGGAAUCGAAAGUCAAGGGACGUCGUACAAGGGAGACUUCACCUGGAACUGCCAGUCGGGACAAUGUGUCGGCCUGAAGUCUGUCCCGCUGCAAAGCCUCUCGGAGUUGGAGCGUGUUCGUCUCCAGGCUGUAGCCUUCAGGCGGCUGCUUCAGAACCGUGACCUUGGCUGCCAAAUCACCAUCCCCAAAUAUGGCCAGAAGCAUAAGAAGUCAUUGAGGCGGAAGUUGGAUUCUUUAUCUAAAGAAAAGAAUAAAGACAAAGAGAAUGUGCCCCAGGCAUUUGGCAUACCGCUAUCACAGGUCAUAUCCAACGACCGCGCACACAAGCAAAGACAAGAUCCCCGGCAAGACAACACCCAUGAAAUGAUGCAAUCCUUCCUCCACUUCACUUCUAGUUUCAAAAAGGCCAACAAAGAGUUCUCCAGCAGCAACUCGUCCCUUAGCUCCACUCCUGAGACCUCUAAUGGUUCGCCUCUGCCCUGCCGAGCAGACGCAGUGCCACGGACAUGCAGAAGGGGUGGAGUGUCUGUGGAUUGCAUCACUGACUUGGAUGAUAACCAGUCUCGGCUCUUGGAGGCCCUCCAGCUGUCUCUCCCCAUAGACGCAGCUGGAAAAAGGAAGAAGCGCCAUGACAAAAAGCUGAGCCUAAAUCCAAUUUACAGACAAGUUCCCAGAGUAGUGGACAUCUGCUGCCAGCACCUGGAAAAAUACGGACUUCAAACGGUGGGCAUUUUCCGUGUUGGCAGUUCCAAAAAGAGAGUACGGCAGCUUCGUGAGGAGUUUGAUAAAGGGUUGGAGGUACAUUUGGAUGAGGACCACAGCGUUCAUGACGUGGGAGCAUUGCUUAAAGAAUUCCUCAGAGACAUGCCUGACCCGCUGCUGACCAGAGAACUGUACACAGCCUUCAUCAACACAACGUUGCUGGAUUAUUCAGACCAAGACAGCACCAUUCAGCUCCUGAUGUUUCUGCUUCCUCCCUGUAACAGCGACACACUGCAGCGUCUGCUCUGCUUGUUGUCCACUGUGGCUGCACGCGCUGAAGACAACCUGGACAAUGAAGGGCAGGAGAUUACAGGAAACAAGAUGACAUCAUUGAAUUUAGCCACCAUUUUUGGCCCCAAUGUUUUACACAAGCUAAAAAACUCUGACAAAGAGUUUGUGGUGCAGAGUUUUGCAUAUGCAGAAGAGAGCACAGCCAUCAUCAGCACAGUCCAAAGGAUGAUCGAUACGUACGAUAAACUUUUUAUGGUUCCUGCUGAUCUUCAGAAUGAGGUGCUGAUGAGUUUGCUAGAAACUGAUCCUGAUGUUGUGGAUUACUUACUUCGGAGAAAAGCCUCUCAGUUCUCAGAGCCGGGCAUUCAGCUGGAAGAGUCCUUCCAUCUGAAGGACAGGUGUCUGUCCAGUGAUUCCAUCAAAGUUUCCAGUGGCAAAUUAUCGCCAUACGACAACAACUCUCCCGUGCUGUCUGACCAGGUUUUUGAUUACGACCCAGGAGACAUCGAUUCACUAGCAGCAGAUACGGCACCUACAAAAUUCAAACCGAGCAGGCGAUCCACAGAUGGAAGCAACACGUCUCUUACACUUUCUACUGGUAAAGAAGUCUCACCUGAACAUUUCUGGGAAGUGUGGCACGAAUUGUUGAGCGGUGAUGUCACCGGCAACCAUCUUACAGGUUCCCCCGGAGAUGUGUCAGAAUGUGAGUCGUACGGAUCAUCAGAGGGGUUGAGUAGCCACCAAGGUAACAACAAACUUCUUAUAAGGCCAAUGCAAACCUCAUUGGGUACGGCGGAAUGCAGGCCACACCUCCCGGUGACUCGCAGCAGCAGUAGUCCCCACGACCGGAGCGGACAACCAGAAUCAUGGUUACAUCAGGGGCUGCGUGGCCAAUCAGGAGCUCUGAGCUCAGUUGAUUUAGCAGAACAGACAGCGCACCCUGCCGGUUCACUCCUCAAGGUCAGGACGACGUGCUGGUCUCCCCUCAGGGAGACUUAUAUUUCUCACUCCACGCCCUCAAUCCCUACACAUCAAUCCCCCCAAACUUCACUGUGGUCUCCACGGAGCCCCACCCCCCUGACCGUGAGCCCCGCCGUGUCCGAGCUGGUACAAGGAAAGAUCCCCAACUGCCAAAGGUGGCAUAUAUGGCAGAUACUGUCAAAAGAAAACGCAGACGCCCUGCCAGAGACGCUGGUGUGACAAACUGAUCUGAAGCUCACGAUCAUCUGUGACGUUCUAACGGUGGAACGCUGCGAC